CUUGACGAUACCAGCCAAAUGGCAAGUGAUGAUAUCUUUCCUGUCGUGCUGGACAACGGCUCGGACACGUGUAAGGCCGGCUUGGCAAGGGAGGAUGAACCCACGGUCAUAUUUCCUUCAGUGGUGGCUCAAGACAGCAACAAGGUAAGACAAGUGGCCGAAAACGGUCAACAGAAAUUAAGUUUAAAUUUGACUGUUCUUCAUGUUUUGUGUGUAUUUUUUUCUAUUUCUGUUCUCACUAUUCAUUCUGUUCUUAUUAUUCUUUCUCUUCUUGCUGUUAUUCUUGAUCUGUCUGUUUUUUCAUUUCUUCCUGUUCUUGAUGUUCUUUAUGUUAUUCUUGUUCUUCCGUUUUUUUUCUAUUCUUUGUCAUCUUACUUUUCUUUCUCUUCUUCCAGUUCGUUCUGUUCUCUUUGUUCUUUCUGUUUUUUAUGUUCUUUCUGUUAUUGAUGCUCUUCUUGUUCUUUCUAUUCUUCCGUUUCUUUCUGUUCUUCUGUUUCUUUAUUUUUUUUUCUCUUAUUUCUGUUCUCCCUUUCCAUUUUUUUCCUUCUGUUCCUGGCGUUCUUCGUGUUCUUUAUGCACUUUCUGCUGUUCUUGUUCUUCCUGUUCUUCCUGUAAUUCCUGAUCUCCCUGUUCUUCAUAUAACAUCGCUGUCGCUUAUAUUCGACACAUAAUCUCGGACAUGUUUUCCCGUGAGGCUCUGUUGUCCACUGUAGGACAUCGUGUCCAAUGAACUGUUGAUCGUCUAAGUUUUCGCCCGUCCAUUUCGUGAUAUCCUCUCUGAUUUACUCCAACGACAAGACCAGGUACGUUGGCCAGAAGGCACUAGAUAAAGAUGCCACCCUCCCCCUCAAAUCACCAGUACAGAGAGGGCUGAUUACCAACUGGGACGACAUGGAGGCAGUAUGGGAUUAUGUCUUUAAGGUGGGUCCACUGUAUAGCUUAGAACAAAAUCAAUCACGAAAACCCACUGUCUGAAAAGCCACAGUUAUAUGACGAAUGAAAUGUAAAAUUCGCCACACUUAUAUUAUUAUAUCCCUAUAUAAGUCUUGAAAUACAACUGUUAAAUAACAUUAUAUAAGUAUGCAACUGCUUACGUGGGUUAACGGGUGCUUUUAUCUUAAGUUUACUCAAAAUGAAAUUUGGAUAAAGUUCGAUAUUUCAAGAAUCAUUUUCAAUUCUACCAAAUUCGUUGUACUUAAGAAGUCCAUUCGCAACAUGUGGUGUCGGUUGGCGAUAGGGUUGCCAACCCCUUGUUUAUGGCAGUAAAAUUUUUCAGAGAAGCUUGACACAGUUUUAUUUAUAAGUAAAAAAAACAACCCCACUAAGUUCACCAUCCUUGUCUUCUAAGCUUCUCAACAACGACCAUUACAACAUCACCAAAGACGAUGACGGUCAAUAGAUUUAACCAUCACGCUCAACAUUUUAAUUUAUGCUCGUGACCAGGAGGCACUCGCCAUUGACCCAAGGACCACGCCGGUCAUGAUGACCGAGACCCACAACAACCCCAGGACAAACAGAGAAAAGACAGCCCAGAUAUUGUUUGAAACCUUUCAGGUUCCAGCUUUCUUUAUGGCCAGUCAGGUAGGUUCGAUUGAUUUGAUCUCGAUAGGUUUGAUUGACCUGAUAUAGAUAAGUUGGAUUGACUUAAAAUAUAGAUAGGUUUGAUUGACCAUAUAUAUAUAUAUAUAUAUAUAUAUAUAUAUAUAUAUAUAUAUAUAUAUAUAUAUAUAAUAUAUAAACAGAAUAUAAUAUAUAUAUAUAUAUACACAAAGAUUUGAUGACUUGAUAUAGAUAGGUUUGAUUGACUUGGUAUAGAUAGGUUUGAUUGACUUGCUAUAAAUAAGUCUUUCUCGUCCUUUUUGAUGCGCUUUAUAGCAAACAUAGAGGUGUUGACACAUGGGAAAAGCACCUUUCAUUUAUGAUGAUGUAGUUUUUACAAAGAUUUGAUGACUUGAUAUAGAUAGGUUUGAUUGACUUGGUAUAGAUAGGUUUGAUUGACUUGCUAUAAAUAAGUCUUUCUCGUCCUUUUUGAUGCGCUUUAUAGCAAACACAGAGGUGUUGACACAUGGGAAAAGCACCUUUCAUUUAUGAUGAUGUAGUUUUGUCUGUCUGACUUUCUUUCUCCUGUUUCAGUUUUAAAGAUUUAAUUAAAAAACUACACGGUGUGUAUCUGUGCACUACACGGUGUAAAUGUGUGCACUAAACUGUGUGAAUGUGUGCACUGCACGGUUUGAAUGUGUGCACUAGACAGUCAGCACUUUCUCUGCACCUUUUGAAAUCUUCAAAAAAAUAAUUAGAUAUUCGUGAUUGGCUUUGAUUCAUCCAAAAAUUUUACACAAAUGAAAUUCCUUCAUUCUUGACCGCCAUCAGUUGAAUUGUAUACAGCAGUAAAAAUAUAUCCUUCAAUGCAUAUGUCGAAUACAGAUUUAACGGACCCUUCAAACAAGGAAAGUGUUGUGUGCUGAGGGUGGGGGGGGUGGGGGGAUGUUGUUAUGGAAAGAAUGGAUUUUUUAAAAAGUCCACAAUUGAUUGGUUUCAUUGUUCUAUCCCAACAAACAGUGGCAGAGGUAGUGUGUAAACUUCCUAUCUACUUAAGUCACGUGACAAAACAUGCAUUCACCUAACGCUCUUUAUGAGAAACCCAAUUCGUGGAGUAAAACAACACUCGAUUCAGUUACAUUCGUACAAAUGGGAUUUUUAGAUGUUUGAGACUUUACAAGAACAUUUGGAGAUUAGUGCACUACGUCUUCUCUAAUUAUCCCGGUAACACCGGGUCAUAUAUUCUUGUUACAUCAUAUUUAAAUGGAGACGAUUUCCGUAAAACAAAAAGACAACAUCACGCACCAAACGCACUUGUGGUAUUUUAAAGAAUCCCAUUUAGCGCAGUUGUCGGAUAUUAUAUUUUGCACGCCAGUGAACUCAACAUCACAGCUAUACCGUACUGUCUUUCAUACCUAGAGAAUUAUAUUGAUUGAUUUUAAUGUUAAUAGAAAACACACCGAUUGUAUUUCUCGUUUUUUCAAUUACAUUUCAGCCGGUUCUCAGCUUGUACAACUCUGGACGGACCACGGGGGCAGUCGUGGACAUCGGUGAAGGUGUGACCACCGCUGUGCCGAUUUACGAAGGUUUUGCCAUCCCGGAGGCGGUCGUCAAGAUGGACUUUGCCGGAUAUGACGUCACGGAAUAUCUCCUCACUCUCCUCGCUGGUACUGCUUUAAGGGCAUUUAAACACCUAUCAUUUCUCACGAAGAUAAAUAGUUCAUUCUACUCUCCCCCCCCCCCCCCCCCCCCCCCCCUCAAUAGUUCUUAAACUGUUCAUUGAAAAACAAUCGCACCUAUUAUGUUUUAAAAAUGUUUACUCGAAUUCCUUUGAAUGCUACCGUGAAUACAACAUUGUAUAUGUUAAGAUAUAUUUUAUAACCCAAGCAUUAUUCAAUAUCACUUUUUUGUGUUAUAAUUGGAUUUAAAAAGGUUAUUUUGAUGGUCUAGUUUUUCAGUAGCAUCAAACGUUCAGCAAAGAAAUCCGAGAAUCAUUUAUUUUAUACGUAGCAGCUACAUCUGGUUAUUAACUAUGAAUAUGUAGUAACUACAUCUAGUUACCAACUAAUGAUGUUUUCUAAAGAGAACUCUAAGGUAAUGAUAAUCUCCCCUCCAGGUAAGGGCUAUAAUUUGACCAGCCCACCAGACAGAAGGAGCGUCAAGAGGCUUAAAGAAACAUCUUGCUCCGUUGCAGCCAACCAGCAAGCCCUAACACAGGCAAAUCCAGCCACGACCUUUGAACUGCCUGACAAAAGAGUUAUCACAUUGGAAGACGAGAGGUGAGUUAGGGGCGGAAGUAUAGAUAAUGGCUGUGCAAAGUUUUAAAUAUUGGGGCACAUUUGACUGAUGGUUGUCCAAAGUAGUAAAGAUUGGGGCACAUUUGACUGAUGGCUGUCCAAAGUAGUAAAGAUUGGGGCACAUUUGACUGAUGGCUGUCCUAAGUAGCAUAGAUUGGGGCACAUUUGACUGAUGGCUGUCCACAUUAGUAAAGAUUGGGGCACAUUCGACAGAUGGCUGUCCAAAGUAGUAAAGAUUGGGGCACAUUUGACUGAUGGCUGUCGAAAGUAGUAUAGAUUGGGGCACAUUUGACUGAUGGCUGUCCAAAUUAGUAUAGAUUUGGGCACAUUUGAAAGAUGGCUGUCCACAUUAUUAAAGAUUGGGGCACAUUUGACAGAUGGCUGUCCAAAUUAGUAAAGAUUGGGGCACAUUUAAAAGUUGGCUGUCCAAAUUAGUAAAGAUUGUGGCACAUUUGACAGAUGGCUGUCCAAAGUAGUAUAUAUUGGGGCUCAUUUGACAGAUGGCUGUCCAAAUUAGUAAAGAUUGGGGCUCAUAUGACAGAUGGCUGUCCAAAGAAGUAAAGAUUGGGGCACAUUUGACUGAUGGCUGUCCUAAGUAGUAAAGAUUGGGGCUCAUUUGACAGAUGGCUGUCCAAAUUAGUAAAUAUUGGGGCUCAUAUGACAGAUGGCUAUCCAAAGAAGUAAAGAUUGGGGCACAUUUGAUAGAUGGCUGUCCAAAGUAGUAAAGAUUGGGACACAUUUGACAGAUGGCUGUCCAAAUUAGUAAAGAUUGGGGCUCAUAUGACAGAUGGCUGUCCAAAGAAGUAAAGAUUGGGGCACAUUUGACAGAUGGCUGUCCAAAUUAGUAAAGAUUGGGGCACAUUUGAUAGAUGGCUGUCCAAAUUAGUAAUGAUUGGGGCACAUUUGACAGAUGGCUGUCCAAAUUAGAAAAGAUUGGGGCACAUUUGAUAGAUGGCUUUCCAAAGUAGUAAAGAUUGGGACACAUUUGACAUAUGGCUGUCCAAAGUAGUAUAGCUUGGGGCACAUUUGACAGAUGGCUGUCCAAAUUAGUAAAGAUUCGGGCACAUUUGAAAGGUGGCUGUCCACAUUAGUAAAGAUUGGGGCACAUUUGACAGAUGUCUGUCUAAAAUAGGUAAGAUUAGGGCUCAUUUGACAGACGGCUGUCCAAAUUAGUAAAGAUUGGGGCUCAUAUGACAGAUGGCUGUCCAAAUUAGUAAAGAUUGGGGCUCAUAUGACAGAUGGCUGCCUAAAGUUUUACAGAUUGGGGCACAUUUGAUAGAUGGCUGUCAAAAUUUGUAAAGAUUGGGGCACAUUUGACAGAUGGCUGUCCAAAUUAGUAAAGAUUGGGGCACAUUUGAUAGAUGGCUGUCCAAAGUAGUAAAGAUUGGGACACAUUUGACAGAUGGCUGUCCAAAGUAGUAUAGAUUGGAGCACAUUUGACAGAUGGCUGUCCAAAUUAGAAAAUAUUGGGGCACAUUUGAAAGGUGGCUGUCCAAAUUAGUAAAGAUCGUGGCACAUUUGACAGAUUGCUGUCCAAAUUAGUAAAGAUUGGGGCUUAUUUGACAAACGGCUGUCCAAAUUAGUAAAGAUUGGGGCUCAUAUGACAGAUGGCUGUCCAAAUUAGUAAAGAUUGGGGCUCAUAUGACAGAUGGCUGCCUAAAGUUUUACAGAUUGGGGCACAUUUGAUAGAUGGCUGUCCAAAUUAGUAAAGAUUGGGGCACAUUUGACAGAUGGCUGUCCAAAAUAGUAAAGAUUGGGGCACAUUUGACGGAUGGCUGUCCAAAUUAGUAAAGAUUGGGGCUCAUAUGACAGAUGGCUGCCUAAAGUUUUACAGAUUGGGGCACAUUUGAUAGAUGGCUGUCCAAAUUAGUAAAGAUUGGGGCACAUUUGACAGAUGGCUGUCCAAAAUAGUAAAGAUUGGGGCACAUUUGACGGAUGGCUGUCCAAAUUAGUAAAGAUUGGGGCUCAUUCGACAGAUGGCAAUCCAAAUUAUUAAAGAUUUGGGCACAUUUGACAGAUGGCUGUCCAAAUUAGUAAAGAUUGGGGCACAUUUGAUAGAUGGCUGUCCAAAGUAGUAAAGAUUGCGACACAUUUGACAGAUGGCUGUCCAAAGUAGAAUAGAUUGGGGCACAUUUGACAGAUGGCUGUCCAAAUUAGAAAAUAUUGGGGCACAUUUGAAAGGUGGCUGUCCAAAUUAGUAAAGAUCGUGGCACAUUUGACAGAUGGCUGUCCAAAUUAGUAAAGAUUGGGGCUCAUUUGACAGACGGCUGUCCAAAUUAGUAAAGAUUGGGGCUCAUAUGACAGAUGGCUGUCCAAAUUAGUAAAGAUUGGGGCACAUUUGACAGAUGGCUGUCCAAAUUAGUAAAGAUUGGGGCACAUUUGACAGAUGGCUGUCCAAAUUAGUAAAGAUUGGGGCACAUUUGACAGAUGGCUGUCCAAAUUAGUAAAGAUUGGGGCACAUUUGACAGAUGGCUGUCCAAAUUAGUAAAGAUUGGGGCACAUUUGACAGAUGGCUGUCCAAAUUAGUAAAGAUUGGGGCACAUUUGACAGAUGGCUGUCCAAAUUAGUAAAGAUUGGGGCACAUUUGACAGAUGGCUGUCCAAAUUAGUAAAGAUUGGGGCACAUUUGACAGACGGCUGUCCAAAUUAGUAAAGAUUGGGGCACAUUUGACAGAUGGCUGUCCAAAUUAGUAAAGAUUGGGGCACAUUUGACAGACGGCUGUCCAAAUUAGUAAAGAUUGGGGCACAUUUGACAGAUGGCUGUCCAAAUUAGUAAAGAUUGGGGCACAUUUGACAGACGGCUGUCCAAAUUAGUAAAGAUUGGGGCACAUUUGACAGAUGGCUGUCCAAAUUAGUAAAGAUUGGGGCACAUUUGACAGAUGGCUGUCCAAAUUAGUAAAGAUUGGGGCACAUUUGACAGAUGGCUGUCCAAAUUAGUAAAGAUUGGGGCACAUUUGAUAGAUGGCUGUCCAAAGUAGUAAAGAUUGCGACACAUUUGACAGAUGGCUGUCCAAAGUAGUAUAGAUUGGGGCACAUUUGACAGAUGGCUGUCCAAAUUAGAAAAUAUUGGGGCACAUUUGAAAGGUGGCUGUCCAAAUUAGUAAAGAUCGUGGCACAUUUGACAGAUGGCUGUCCAAAUUAGUAAAGAUUGGGGCUCAUUUGACAGACGGCUGUCCAAAUUAGUAAAGAUUGGGGCUCAUAUGACAGAUGGCUGUCCAAAUUAGUAAAGAUUGGGGAACAUAUGACAGAUGGCUGUCCAAAUUAUUAAGAUUGGGGCUCAUUUGACAGAUGGCUGUCCAAAUUAGUAAAGAUUGGGGCACAUUUGACAGGUGGCUGUCCAAAUUAGUAAAGAUUGGGGCACAUUUGACAGAUGGCUGUCGAAAUUAGUAAAGAUUAGGGCACAUUUGACUGAUUGCUGUUCAAAGUUUUAAAGAUUAGGGCACGUUUGACUGAUGGUUGUGCAAAGUAGUAAAGAUCGGGGCUCAUUUGAAUGAUGGCUGUUCAAAGUCUUAAAGAUCGGGGCAUAUUUGACUGAUGGCUGAGGAAGACAAGCUUAUCGUUUUCAGGUGAUUCAUAGCUACCGUAUGUGACCCUAAGGAUGGCCUGGUUCUCUCUGGCUUAUCGUGAGGGGACUCGAGGUGGUGCUUUGAAGUUACUAAAAUUGAGCGAACCCUGUGACUGACAGAAGGAGAAGACACUGUGUGUCUGUGUGUGUGUAUUAGGACAAUGCAUGGGAUGUCACUCAUUAGCUACUUGGACAAUUUUGAAUGAAGAGUUUCUGUCCACACAUCUCUUUUAUUGUGUCUUCCAUAACAUAACUGGUAAACUUCAGAAACGGGUUUACGAACUCUCCAAAGCAAAUCUUGGAAAUUGCACUGCACCCGAAGUCGUGAAUUCCAUAUUUAAAAUAGAUUUGAUUUCAGCGGUCCCACCCACUCCCUAUGAUUUCAGUUUCCUGUUUAUGGAAAAAGAUUAGAUUAAAGGUAUUGUUGCAAUUAACUCAGAUGACAUCACACAGGUAUCGUGCGCCGGAAAUACUCUUCCAGCCCCGCAUCGUGGGUAGGAAUGACAUCAAAGGAAUUCCCAAUGUCAUCCACGACGUCAUUUCCGCUUGUGACAUGAACACAAGGAAAGGUCUUUAUAACAACAUCAUCUUGGCCGGCGGGAGCUCCAUGCUGGAUGGAAUAGCGGCCCGGCUGCAGGUGGAGCUGGUGUCGCUGUGUCCACAAAAUGCGCAGGUUUGUUGUCCGCCAGAGAGGUAUUGUGUCUACUUUGUGCUGAUAAUUGUUUUGCUACUUUGAAGAAACAUGUAAAUAUUAUCGUUCAUUUCUUUGCAUCGAACCAGUUCUGGAUCACUGUAUAAUGUUAAUUAAUACUAAAGUAACGACACGUCAAAAUCACGUAAAAUCAAGAUUUCAAUCACUGUGUAUGAAAAUGAAUGUUGUUACAAGGGUUUCUUACAUAGUUAUAUCAUUACUUUAUUUUAUUUUUAAUUAAAGGUUAACUUUUAUUUUAACAACAUUUCUGAUGAAAUAUCUCCCUUGAGGAUGUACGUUCACCGCGCAAUGUCAUUGGUUAGCCUUGCACUCGUUGAACUAAAUUUUUUGUUCCACCCUAAAAUGAAUUAUUUCCCUUCCGAUAGAUAAAGAUCAACGCCAGACGAGACCGCCAUCUUGCUGCCUGGAUUGGUGGCUCCAUCUAUGCCACACUUCCGGCAUUCCAGCAAACGAGCGUCACCAGACAAGAAUAUGAGGAGAGGGGCGCGGCUGCAGUUCACCAAAAAAUUGUUUAAGUUAAAGUAAAGCGGAACGGGGGG